AUGAACUCCUCUGAAAGCCGUGGUCACAACUCUGAUUGGUUGUCUGAUGUGGAACUGAUUUCCAUCAAAAUGUCGAAAAUUCAGCUUUUGCGGGGUUUUCUAAACGAGCGCUUAACAGCAGCGGCUGUUGAGAUAUUAGGGGCUGUGGAAAAUACCAUAGCAGAGUACAAGGAAGAAAUAUCCCGUUCGAAGGAGGAGAUCGAACGUCUACAAAGGCUGCUGGAUUUGGCUUUCAAACCCGACAUAAAGUUACAUAUUGCAGACUCCCAGCAGCUCACUCUCCCUGUCCCUGAAGACAUUCCUCCUGAGCAGCAGGACUGGAGCCCCAGUCCGGGCCAGGAGGACCCAGAGCCCACUCCGAUUAAAGAGGAACAGGAGGAGUUUGGCACCAGUCAGGAGGAAGAGCAGCUUGAAGGGCUGGAGUCUGAUAUCAAAGAGUUCAUAUUCACUCUACCCUGUGUAAAAAGUGAGUAUGAUCAGGACCCUCAGCCCGUAUAUCUCCCCCAAACCCAGACUAUGGAGAACAGAGAGAGGGACUCUCUUCCCACCAAAACAACUGAACAAGACAUCAAAACAGAACCUAAUGGAGAGGGCUGCAGUGCAUCAGAACCAACAAGUGAAUCUCAACCCCUCUCUGCAGUACACCCAGACUGCUCUGCAGCUCAGAUUGGGAACAGUGAAAGUGACAAUGGGGUGGACUGUGGAGAACUAAUGUCAGAGUUACAGCCAUUUAAAUCAAAGACAACAUGGACAAAGAAAGGACAAAGCUCUAUUAAGACCAGGGAAGCCAGUGAACUGAAAGUUCCAUUGAGGGCGGCUCACUCAGGGGAGAGACCACACAGGUGUCCUGUCUGCAGGAAAUGCUUUCUGAAAAGUAGCAUUUUAAAAGCACAUCAGAGAAUUCACACUGGGGAGAAACCAUAUUUCUGUAAUGUAUGUGGCAAAAGUUUCAGUCAGAAGGGAACACUGACGGAACAUAUGAGAAUUCACACUGGGGAGAAACCAUAUCAGUGCAAAGAUUGUGGCAAAUGCUUCAGCCGAAUGAGAAACUUGGCAGGACAUAUGAGGAUACACACUGGAGAGAAACCAUAUAAGUGCAGUGAUUGUGGAAAGUGCUUUAGUCAGAAGAUAUGCCUGAAAGAUCAUAUUAUGACUCACACAGGGGAGAGAUCAUAUAUUUCCCCGCUUUUGCCAUCAAACCCCUGCAAUAUAUCCAGAUCGCCGCAGCACGCCUGGUGUUCAACCUUCCCAAGUUCUCCCAUGUCACACCGCUCCUCCGCACACUCUACUGGCUUCCAGUCGAAGCUCACAUCUUUGAGACCCUGGUGCUUACCUACGGAGCAGGAAGAGGACCUGCCCCUCCCUAACUUCAGGCUAUGGUCAAACUCUACAUCCCAACCCAAGCCCUCUGUUCUGCCACCUCUGGUCUCUUGGCCCUCCCACCCCUACAGGAGGGCAGCUCCCGCUCAGCCCAGUCAGAGCUCUUCUCUGACCUGGCACCCCAAUGGUGGAACAAGCUUCCCCCUAAGUUUAGUACAGCGGAGUCCCUGCCCGAAAACGUCUGAAACCCUACUUAAAUAACCCUUCCUAAGAGUAUAGGUUUAAUCACCAUGUGCAAUGUCAAGCGUCGGCUGGAGUGGUGUAAAGCUCGCUGCCAUUGGGCCCUGGAGCAGUGGAAACGCGUUCUCUGGAAUGAUGAAUCACACUUCACCAUCUGGCAGUCCAACGGACGAAUCUGGGUUUGGCAGAUGCCAGGAGAACGCUACCUGCCCCAAUACCUAAUGCAAACUAUAAAGUUUGGUGAAGGAGGAAUAAUAGUCUAGGGCUGUUUUUCAUGGUUCAGGCAAGGCCUCAACUGUACAGCAUACAAUGACAUUCUAAACGAUUCUGUGCGUCCAACUUUGUGGCAACAGUUUGGGGAAGGCCCUUUCCUUUUUCAGCAUGACAAUGCCCCGUGCACAAAGCAAGGUCAAUACAGAAAUGGUUUGUCGAGAUUGUUGUGGAAGAAUAUGAAUGUCCUGCACAGAGCCCUGACCUCAACUCCAUCAAACAAUUUUGGGAUGAAUUGAAAUGCCGACUGAGAGCCAGGCCUAAUCGUUCAACAACAGUACCCGACCUCACUAAUGCUCCUGUGGCUGAACGGAAGCAAGUCCCCUCAGUAAUGUUCCAACGUCUAGUGGAAAGCCUUCCCAGAAGAGUGGAGGCUGUUAUAGCAGCAAAGGACAGACCAACUCCAUAUUAAUGCCCAUGAUUCUGGAAUGAGAUGUUUGACGAGCAGGUGUCCAUAUACUUUUGGUCAUGUAGUGUAUGUACCGUAUUUCAUGAAUUUUGAUCAAACGGGGCGCCAACAUCUGGCCAAUCAGUGUAAUUUUGUAAAUGUCGGACCUCUAUGGCAAGACACAUCAUUCACCCAAGUUUAAUCAAAGCAUGUGACGAACAUAUUAACGGACGGAGACCGAUCCACAGUCCCGUCCCCGAUUUCGAGGGGUACAAUAAGUAGUUGAAGGAUCUUUGCCUACCAUCAUAGGCUACCUCCUCUGUCAAUAAAACCUAUCCAUGUUGGGAAAAUAUUGAGAAAUUAAGGUUUUCCCUUGAUGUUCAAUUCCUUUUAGAUUUUUUAAAAUGUACACCUCAAAUGUUAUUCUUGCUGUUAUUUACAUAUCAAAUGAUACUUUUGAUGUAAUAAAUAUGUACUUCCAUGUGUCUAAAAGGGGCUGAAGUCUUUCAGAAUAAUUACUGUAGUUUAUUCAUACAAAAUAGAUGGAACAACACAUCCAGGACAAAACAAAGGACACUGAUAGCCUAUUUUUAUUUAACCUUUAUUUAACUAGGCAAGUCAGUUAAGAACAAUCAAUCAAUCAAUCAAGUUUAUUUUAUAUAGCCCUUCGUAUAUCAGCUAAUAUCUUGAAGUGCUGUACAGAGACACAGCCUAAAACCCCAAACAGCUAGAAUGCAGGUGUAGAAGCACGAAAAACAAAUUCUUAUUUACAAUGAUGGCCUACCAGGGAACAGUGGGUUAACUGCCUUGUUCAGGGGCAGAACGACAGAUUUUUACCUUGUCAGCUCAGGGAUUCGAUCUAACAACCUUUCGGUUACUGGCCCAACACUCUAACCACUAGGCUACCUGCCUAUAAGACGAUUUAUGCGGUCCAGAGUUUCCGUACGGAGGGUGUGACGCAAUUGCGGAUGCCAAAUUAAGCUCUGUACCGCAUCGUCCGUAUUUUGUAACGAUGCAGAGGGCUCUGUAUAGCUCUGCAUUGAUAUGAUUGGUUGAAGGUAGGUGGGGGCGGUACGUCCUGUGGAAACAAACUCACUUCCUUGACAGCUUCCUUCACAACAGCUCUCUGCGAACUGCAAGAAGUAUGAAUUCCCUGACUUCUGCAGAGGCCGCAUCGCAGUAAAUGCUGUACGGCCAAUGCAAACUCCGGAAUGACCAUAAUUUGGCUUUAAGUGUUCAAUUAUAUGAUAUGUCCAAGAAGAUGUACACUGAGUGUACAAAACAUUAAGAACACCUUCCUAAUAUUGCGCUCAGAACAGCCAAAAUUUGUCGGGGCAUGGAUUCUACAAGGUGUUGAAAGUGUUCCACGGGGAUGCUGGAUGUUGACUCCAAUGCUUGGCGGCUGGAUGUCCUUUGGGUGGUGGACCCUAUUUCUAUCCCUCUCACUCUCUCCCUCUUCUCUUUCCCUAUACAUUCUCCCUAUAGCUCUCAUAUCUCUCCCUCUAUCUUUAUUUCCCUCUCCUCUCUCCCUAUGUCUCCCCUAUCUCACCCUCUCCUCGCUCCCUAUGUCUCCCCUAUCUCUCCCUCUCCUCUCUCCCUAUGUCUCCCCUAUCUCUCCCUCUCCUCGCUCCCUAUGUCUCCCCUAUCUCUCCCUCUCCUCUCUCCCUAUGUCUCCCCUAUCUCUCCCUCUCCUCGCUCCCUAUAUUGCUCCAUAUCUCUCCCUCUCCUCUCUCCAUACAUCUCUCCCUUUAUCUCUCCCUCUCCUCUCUUUGUAUCUCUCCCUCUUCUCUCCAUCUCCUCUCUUCAUGUAUCUCUCCUUUACAUCUCUCCCUUUGUCUCCUAUCUCUCUCCCUAUAUAUAUCUCCCUCUCCCCCAUCUCUCCCUUUCCUCCCUAUAUCGCUCCUCUCCCCCUCCGUGUGCCUCUCUCUACUAUUGUCCUCCCCAUCUCUCAUUUUCUGUCACUUAGGAUAAUUCUUUAUUAAUGUGCAUUACUCAUUAUCAUAAUUCACAGUUCAGCACACACAUUGCUUCCACUGAAAGUGGAUGGAUGAUUCUGUAUGUGACUGUCUGGGUAUGUGUUUGUUAGUGUUUGGCGGGGGAGGAGCGAGUGCGGAUUUAUGUGCAGGGAUGCGUGUCUGUGUUAGGGGCGGCAGGGGGUAGAAAUGAGCAGGGGUGGGUAUGUGAGUGUGUAUGUCGUGUGCACGCACACGUGUGAAUGGAGGAGAUCUCAUACGGGAUGUUUCCAGUCAAAGGAAUUCUAGAGCCACAUUGCAGAGAGAUUAAAUACAGUCCAUCUCUGCCACCUCAUUUGUGCACACACGCUGCCAUGAAACAAUUUCCUGUUCAGAGACCCAUCGCUCAGAAUCAUAGUCAUGAUAUCCAUCUUAUACUUUCUGGCAUGCCAUAAAACAGUAUGUCAAAUUAAGGUAUACAGUGCAUUCGGAAAGUAUUCAGACCCCUUGACUUGUUCCACAUUGUGUUACGUUAGACUUAUUUUAAAAUGUAUUACAUUUUUUUCCUCCCUCGUAGAUCUACACACAAUACCCCAUAAUGACAAAGCAAAAACAGGUUUUUAGAAAUUGUAGCAAAUUUAUAAAAAAAUAAAACAAGGAAAUAUUACAUUUACAUAAAUAUUCAGACCCUUUACUCAGUACUUUGUUGAAGAACCUUUGGCAGUGAUUACAGCCUUGAGUCUUCUUGGGUAUGAUGCUACAAGCUUGGCACCUGUAUUUGGGGAGUUUCUCCCAUACUUCUCUGCAGAUCCUCUCAAGCUUUGUCAGGUUGGAUGGGGAGCGUCACAGCACAACUAUUUUCAGGUUUCUCCAGAGAUGUUCGACAGGGUUCAAGUCCGGGCUCUGGCUGAGCCGCUCAAGGACAUUGAGAGACUUGUCCCGACGCCACUCCUGCGUUGUCUUAGCUGUGUGCUUAGGGUCGUUGUCCUGUUGAAGGUGAACCUUUGCUCCAGUCUGAGGCCCUGAGCGCUCUGGAGCAGGUUUUCAUCAAGGAUCUCUCUGUACUUUGCGCCGUUCAUAUUUCGUUCGAUCCUGUAUAGAGCUGCCACCACCAUGCUUCAUUGUAGGGAUGGUGCCAGGUUUCCUCCAGACGGGACUCUUGGCAUUCAGGCCAAAGAGUUCAGUCUUGGUUUCAUCAGAUCAGAGAGUCUUAUUUUUCAUGGUCUGAGAGUCCUUUAGGUGCCUUUUGGCAAAUUCCAAGCGGGCUAUCGUGCCUUUUACUGAGGAGUGGCUUCUGUCUGGCCACUACCAUAAAGGCCUGAUUAGUGGAGUGCUGCAGAGAUGGUUGUCCUUCUGGAAGGUUCUCCCAUCUCGACAGGAACUCUGGAGCUCUGUCAGAGUGACCAUUGGGUUCCUGGCCAACCCCGCUGACCAAGGCCCAUCUCCUCCAAUUGCUGUUUGGCCGUGCGGCUAGCUCUAGGAUGAGUGUUGGUGGUUCCAAACUUCUUCCCUUUAAGAAUGAUGAAGGCCACUGUGUUCUUGGGGACCUUCAAUGCUGCAGACAUUUUUUGGUACCCUUCCUCAGAUCUGUGCCUCGAUACUCCUGUCUCAGAGCUCUACGGACAAUUCCUUCGACCUCAUGGCUUGGCAUUUGUUCUGACAUGCACCGUAAACUGUGAGACCUUAUAAAGACAGGUGUGUCCCUUUCCAAAUCGUGUCCAAUGGAAUUUACCACAGGUGGACUCCAAGUUAUAGAAACAUCUCCAGGGUGAUCAAUGGAAACAGGAUGCACCUGAGCUCAAUUUCAAGUCUCAUUGCAAAAGGUCUGAAUACUUAUGUAAAAAAGUUUUAUUUUACUUUUAUAAAUUUGCAAACAUUUCUAAAAACCUGUUUUUAAUUUGUCAUUUGGAAUAUUGUGUCAUUUGGAGUAUUGUGUGGAGAUUGAUAAGAAAAAACUAUCAAUUUCAGAAUAAGUCUGUAACGUAACAAAAUGUGGAAAAGGGGAAGGAGUCUGAAUACGUUCCGAAUGCGCUGUAUACAAAAGUUUGUGGACACCCCUUCAAAUUAGUGGAUUCGACUAUUUCAGCCAGACCCGUUGCUGACAGGUGUAUAAAAUCGAGCACACGGCCAUGUAAUCUCCAUAGACAAACAUUGGCGGUAGAAUGGCUUUGCUGAAAGGCUCAGUGACUUUCAAUGUGGCACUGUAGAACACUAUGUCAUGACGUUGGCCUUUUGGGGGAGGUUUAUGACCCCCAUAAAUAUCCACCCCCUUUUUCCUCUCUCUACUCUACCGAUGUGACUAUUGAAAUUCCCUUUGUUAACAUAGAGAGUCUGGUAACAUCAAAAAGUGGGAAACGGAACCAUAUUUCGGUAAUUCAACCAGUUGAAAAUAUGCGUUGGUAAUUAAUGAAUAUGAUGUCAGAUCAGUUGGUGUCUGAGACAUUAUUACGGAUGAUAGGACGACAUAAACUGUAUCUUGGAAAGUCUACACAUUCUAGUUAUCAGAUUCACAUGGAAUUGUUGUGCAAUUUAAAUGUUUAAAUAUGAAACUAUUUGUGAAAAGAUUAAAUGUAAUGUUAGCUUCUAAAGGAGAGAAUUGGUUGUCAUAGAGUAAACUCUGCUCACUCAGAGGCCCCGCCCAAGUGAACAGACAUUGGUUGUAAACUAUGAAACACGCCCUUCUUUCACCAAACCCAUUGACGAAAAUUCGACUUUCUGUUCCAAGGAGGUGAGGACUUGCGGUCCCUGCGUUAAAAGUACAAGAUAAACUUACGUGAGCGUGAGCUCUGGUUGAACGACAAGAACCUAACGAAAUUAGCAUUGAAUUUCAACGUGUAGAUGACGAUCAACACGCCGAAAGGAUGAAUUUCGACUAUACCAGCCAGAAUAUAGCAUGAGCUUAAAGUAUGGCAACUUGCUAUGAACUUUGAACUCUUAUUCACUAAAGAAGUGAUACCUCCUAGCCGAUUGAGUUAGCCGCAGCAACUGUAAACGUGGGCUAGGAGAGGACGGACAGAGUAUCCAUUCUACCAUGCUCCAGUUAACCACUAGACAUUCUUCAGAGGAGAAGAGAUCCAUGCUGGACAACCUGGCCUUCUAUCUACCUAUCUAGCCAGCAGCAUACCACCCUGUAUACCACUGCUGGCUUGCUUCUGAAGCUAAGCAGGGUUGGUCCUGGUCAGUCCCUGGAUGGGAGACCAGAUGCUGCUGGAAGUGGUGUUGGAGGGCCAGUAGGAGGCACUCUUUCCUCUGGUCUAAAAAAUAUCCCAAUGCCCCAGGGCAGUGAUUGGGGACACUGCCCUGUGUAGGGUGCCGUCUUUCGGAUGGGACGUUAAACGGGUGUCCUGACUCUCUGAGGUCAUUAAAGAUCCCAUGGCACUUAUCGUAAGAGUAGGGGUGUUAACCCCGGUGUCCUGGCUAAAUUCCCAAUCUGACCCUCAAACCAUCAUGGUCACCUAAUAAUCCCCAGUUUACAAUUGGCUCAUUCAUCCCCCUCCUCUCCCCUGUAACUAUUCCCCAGGUCGUUGCUGCAAAUGAGAACGUGUUCUCAGUCAACUUACCGGGUAAAAUAACGGUAAAUAAAUAAAUAAAUCUACGACCAAUCUACCAAAGCGCAGCUCAGAGUAAAUAUUUAUUGCAUUUUCAUUUUCCAAAUCGGCAGUUAUUUAGAAUGCAUAAGAUACUGUAUUUACGAUAGCAUAGCUGCCUACGACCCGAUAGAGACACAAAAUAUUUUUGUUCCUCAGUCUUCCCGCUCUUUCAUUCAAAACCCAAACCCCUUUCUUUGUGUAACCAGCCGUCAUAUCUGUUCUGUCCGCUAGGAACGUUUUCCUUUAUGACAUAAUUUGUAAUCAAUGUAUGAUCCACUCUGUGUAGAUGUAAUUCUGUGUGAUUAUUUAGUAAAUAAAUAAUUAAACCAAAUUUUGUAUUACUUGUUAGCCAGGGUUCGUGAAGAUAGCCAAGAAUUUACAACUUUCAGAUGAGACUGAGUAAGGUGACGAUUAAUAAUUGACUACUACUGAUGUAAAAGACUACCAGGUCUUUAAGAGUUUAUUCGGAAGAUAACAGCUCUAUAAACACUAUUUCGUGGUGCCCCGACUUUCUAGUUAAUUACAUUUACAUGAUUAGUUUAAAUCAGGUAAUAUUAAUUACAGAGAAAUUAUUUUAUAGAAUAGCAUGUCAUAUCACUUAAUCCAGCAUAGCCAAAGACACGACAACUAAGUUGUAGGUAGCAUUUACUGUGCUACCUACAAGGUCACAUUGCCAAGCUGCCAUUGGAUGAACUGAUCUCAGGACCUGAUAUAUUCAAACUGAUACUGUCUGCUGAUAGGAUCUCAGCAUAACCAUGGUGACCGAUGGACCAACUCUGCUCUGUCAUCUGUCAAUCUUUCACAAUCAUAUCUGGAUACUCUCUGUAGUUGCUGGUUUUGAUCAAAUGGAAAAUUGUACAGAAUUGAAAAGAAAGAUAAACCUUCUGCGAUUAUAAUCCUAUUCAAACUGAAUGACACACUACAAAAUACAUUUUAAAAUGUACUAAUAUUUCUUACACAGAUUUGAAAUAUUUUCUAUCAUGAAAAUAUCUCCCCUGAAGUUUAUAAUAUGAAGUUUAUUUCCAAAAUGCUAUAUGUACCAAUUCUUCACAUUUGUGUUUUUUCUCAUCAGAAAUGGUUGCUUAUGGGUACCUUCAUGGGUGUGUAAAAUAUUACUUCUCUCAGAUUUGUAUUAACAGAUUUUAGAUGUAUGAAUUUUAUUAAAUUGUCUAUGCUAAAUGCUAUAUAUCUAUUGUUUAGCUGGAAUGGAACGUUUGUAUCCUGUAUAUUUGACUGUGAUAUGUGGUUGUCUCACCAAGCUAUCUUAAGAGGAAUGCACUUACAGUACUGUAAGUCGCUCUGGAUACGAGCAUCUGCUAAAUGACUAAGAUGUCAAAUGUAAAUGUUUUACAUACAGAUUUCAUACUACUAUAUGGAUUUUUAACAUUUAGGAAAAAAACAUGGUUAUUUGUCUCUCUGAAAUGAAACCCAGUGAUAGAUUUUAAACAAAUACUCUACAUAUCUGUCAUUCAACAGCCCCAUGCUAUGAUUAGAUGGUAAAUUAGCUUUGGUGUGUUUUUUCACUAACAUUUCUGAAAAUGUAUAUAUAGUGUUUUGUCAUGAAACUCUUCAUAUUGUUUUAUAUUAGUUUAUUAGUCUUAUCUAUUGAAAAUUUACGCUUUGAUUAGUCUUCCAUGUACAAUAGUCUAAUACGAAUGUUUUGAAUAAGCAAAUACACCAACCUGCCUUUCAAUAGAUCUACACUCUGAUAUGCAUGCACACAUACAGAACGCACAGAUACACAGUCAAAAAAACACACAACUACUUGCACUCUAAAAUUCAAAUGCAGAGGGAUUUAAUAAAUAAAAGUAUAAGGUACAUACAGAAGUUCAAGUAACGAAGGAGGUGUUUGUACUAGGUUCACAGUUCAGAUGUAACAGCAUGCUCCCAACAUCACCAUGGCCACAAGCACAGAGACUCUCUCUAAUCCAGGGUUAGGAUCAAUUCACUUCCUGAAUUGACUGAAUUCAAAUGGAAUUCACCCCAACCCUACUGUAAGUCCUGUAUCCCUCUCCCCGACCUCCAAGUCAAACUAUUUGCUGUAGAGGACACAUUGAUCCUGCUCCUGUAAGUCACUCUGGAUAAGAGCAUACGCUAAAUUACAAAAAUAACGUACUUCUUCUGGUUUCCUCAACCAGGUAAAAGGUGUUAAUAUGGAGUUAGAUAUCUGCCAAAGGUUGAACGCACAACAUUUUGGCAGUUCUCUGACGCCAUAUGUUUAGCUAGUCUACGCCUGAGCUGUAGAGAUGAAAGGAAGUUAAUGUGUGCUGUGCUAACACGAGCUGUCCAGUACAAGUUGGGUCGUUGUGGUAUAAAGAGACAUAUGGUUCAAACUGUAUGGUCUUUUCACUUCACUGAUAUUUAUGGCCCACAUACAUUUCUAUUUGAUCGUCUGUAUUUAUUUUUUAUUGGACUACGUUCUACAAACAUGUCAUGGAGACGACACCUAGAUUUCACUACCACAUGCCCCACCCUGUCUUCAGAACUACAUCAUCAGAACAAUAUAAAAGUAUUACAAUAGACUGCUGCUGGUUGUUUGGGUUUGAAAAUAUCAAAGAGGAAGAGUUUAAAAACACAUGAGCAUCACAUAAAGGUACCUGCAUUGAGUAAAACAUGUACAGUCUUUAUUGGAUUGUUUGGUGUGGAGAAUGUCCAUCUACACCUGCCAACCGGGUUUGACAAUCAAUGACUCAUUUUAAUUUCUAAACUUGACCCUGUGAUGACCCAUGGUUACCAGGAAGUAAGUGUGUGUGUGUGUGUGUGUGUGUGUGUGUGUGUGUGUGUGUGUGUGUGUGUGUGUGUGUGUGUG